UGGAGUAGUCGCUGUAAAUACGCAUCUGGGGUUGCGGUGUCAAGUCUGUUGAUAAAACAUGGAGUUCUUGGAUGAAGAUGCCAGGCCUCGAUUUCUUUUCCAGUCACGUCCUCAGGCUUCAUCAUCUCCAGAUAAUGAAUACAACACCAACUUUAAUAAACCCACUAAAACCUUCAUCUUUAUUUCCAUUUCUAUCUCUUCACUUUUCAUCUUCCUCUCCUUCUUCUUCUUCCAAAGCGAGCCCUUGAAGUCCCUCUUCCUAUGGCUAUCCCUCUCCCUCCUCAUUGGUCCUUUUGCCCCCUCUGACGUCACUGGCGGUCACACUCGCGUGGGUCACGGUCCAAUUCUUGAGAACCCUGUUCAGGAUCAACAGAUCGAACCUGAACUAAAGAGGAAACCUAAUAAAAACCGAUCUUCAAUCAAUAAGUCACAGGAUUUUUGUGCUAGUAAUGUCCCGGCUAUUGAAAACGCAAAUGGGUCAAGUGGAUCUGUGCCAAAAGACAAGAAAAGUCAAGCUUUGGAACAGAGGGAAAACGGGGUUGGUAGAAAUGAGGAAGAGAAGGAGUGGACUGAAGAGGAUGUUGAGAUUUUGAAGAAACAGAUGGUGAAGAACCCGGUUGGCAAGCCGAAGAGGUGGGAGGUGAUUGCCGAGAGUUUUAAUGGGAGGCAUAGAGUGGAGAGUGUGAUAAAGAAAGCGAAAGAAUUGGGAGAGAAAAAGAUUGAUGAUAGUGAUUCGUAUGCACAGUUCUUGAAGAAUCGAAAGGCGUUAGAUGUGAGACUUCAAGAUAAAAAUUUAGGAUUGGUGACGGAGAAUGGUGGAGAAAGUAGGGAAGAUGAUAAAGAAAAUGGAUGGAGUGCUGGAGAGGAUAUAGCUUUGCUUAAUGCAUUGAAAGCCUUUCCUAAGGAUGCCCCAAUGAGGUGGGAGAAGAUUGCGGCUGCUGUGCCUGGCAGAUCAAAGGCUGCUUGUAUGAAGAGAGUUGCUGUGUUGAAAAAGGAGUUUCGGAGCUCUAAAGCUGUUGCUGAUAGCUAAAAGACUGAUAAUGUCAUUUACAGAAGCCAUCACUGAGUGGAAAGAUUGAUUGAAGUAAUGAAAUUAAAAUAUGAUAAUGACAAGAAGACAGCCAAACAAAGGGAUGGAUUCAAUUGUGGUUUUGGGCAUAAUAGAGAAUCCUCUGGCAAUCUACUAGUUGGUUUCCAAUUUCCUGCAGCUCUGAUGGCAAAACUAAUCAUUAGAAUUCAAUUCAAUUACUUGCAGUUUCAUCUUAAUUAUUGGUUGAAAAACUUCUAGGUAUGCUUGCUCACUCAAUUUUUUUUUUCAGUUUCUCAUUAGAAGUGAUUUGUUUCAUAUAGUUCCAUGCAUUGAGCUGUUAAUUCCUAACUGUUUAUGCUGAGGAGCUUUGGCAUUGACAAUUUCUCUUGAUGAACUGAUUAACCUUUGGCAAAGAACGUACUAAAAAAUAAAACCUUUUGCAAAGAAAUAGUGAAAAUGACACCUCAUGGUUUGACUUGGUUCUCUAUCUGGCUCUUUCCCAAGUGAAAAUUGUAACAGAGCAGAGGUUCAAAGAGUUUGUUGAGUAUUGCAUAAA